CCAUAGAGUAAAAUGUUAUUUCUGUUUUGUUGUGGUUUUGAUCUCAGUGAAACAAUUUUGUUUCUCUGAUAAAAUUUUUAGGUCUGCUUUUGUAAAAUUUUACCAUCAAUAUGUCACAAACACAGCAGCAAUUAUUAAAUGAAAAUAGUAAAUACAUCUUAGAUUUGUUUUCGGAACAAACAGUUGAUUCACAAAGCUUAGACUCCAUAUGCGCUCAAGUACAAAAGAGGUUUCCAAAAUCGGAACAUUUUAACUUAUGCCUCCUGCUCUCAUCACUCAUCACCAGCGGAGACUUGUCUCUUCCCGGGCAGCGUGUGGUUGCCCUGGCGCUCCUGUUUGACGUCUACAAGCUGGACAACCCGUUCAGCCCGCUGUUUCUGUAUCUGCUGGAGGGCAAGCCCGGAUUGCUGCCGCUACUGCCGCAGGAGAGGCUGUUUAUCGGACAACUGCAUGGGUUCUUGCCUAUUAAUAUUAAGGAUGUGAUGAAGAAGUCAGCCAAACAGGUGAUGCUGACCGAGGUGGCUCCGAAAGACUUGGAGUUUGAUUUCUCUCCGCUGCAGGCGGUGGUCGCCGAGCGCGUGUCUGAAAUGAGCUCCAUGGCGCGAGCUACUGCGCCUGCGCUCAUUCCGCUUAGUGAUGGGACCCCCCCAAACCGGAUGGCCAUGAAGGAGCUGCUGGAAGCCCUGAUGGGGAACGAUUACAUGCCGUUACAUCGCACACUCAAAGCAGCUGGACCCAUCCCCCCUCCAAGCUUCCUCAUCGACACCGAUAUACCAUUUGCAGACGAGGCUGUAUGGAAAAACUUGGUGAAUCGCGGCGCGUACGUUCCGCUAUACGACACGGAGUGCGACGGCCUCGUCGGUCUCAAACCGGAGCGCGAGCGCAGAAACAAUCAGACUGCUAACAAGCAAGAAGAAAAGAAGGAGAAGCAAGAGGAGAAGAAGCCAGAAGAGCCACAGAGCAUCGUGAGCGAGGCCAAGGAGCUGACCCAGCUGGCGCUCAAGGCGGCUCUGAGCGUCCCGCAGCAGCAGCGGCUGCUGGCCUUGCUGGACCAGCAUCCCAGCACUGUCUACGAGAUCUCUCUGUUGCCGGCACAGCUGCCGGAGCUGGUGGAGAACAAUCCGAUGGUGGCGAUCUCCGUGCUGCUGAAGCUGAUCAACUCCCAGCAAAUCACGGAGUACUUCAGCGUCCUCGUCAAUAUGGAGAUGUCAUUGCAUUCCAUGGAGGUUGUCAACAGGCUGACAACAUCGGUGGAUCUGCCGGUAGACUUCGUACACUUGUACAUCAGCAACUGCAUAUCAACAUGCGAGACUAUCAGAGACAGGUACAUGCAGAACCGGCUGGUGAGGCUUGUGUGUGUGUUUCUGCAGUCGCUCAUCAGAAACAAGAUCAUCAAUGUUAAGGAACUUUUCAUAGAAGUGGAAGCGUUCUGCAUAGAGUUCAGCCGUAUUCGGGAGGCGGCCGCUUUGUUCAGGUUGCUCAAGCAAUUGGACUCCGGCGAGGGCUCCCACAAGGACUCCAAGGAGAACUGACAGCUGGACGGUGACGGGGAGUACGCUGACUGACUCACUGAUUUACUGAUCGCGGUAAAUAAAGGUGAUACAUACGAGGCCGUUUUGAGGGCGUUAAA